AAUCAGAGAGACAGGAGGCAGUGAAACCAUCGUCCAAUCAGAGAGACAGGAGGCAGUGAAACCAUCGUCCAAUCAGAGUUAUACGUUCAGAAAAGAGAAAUGGUGGUGAAAUCUCAACUCUGAAUCCUGCUCUGGGUCACUCUGGGAACUCUAUGGGUUCAGAAUCUCUUAGAUGUUCUUGUUGGGUGGAGUAGAGAUCGACAAAGACAACAACAUCAACUUGCUGGACCUGGAGAUGGCAUCUAUGAGGCAGGGACGGGCCUUCCUGGCUCUCAUCAACCACAACAUCCCCAAGACCCUCUCUUCCAUGGAGCAGAUGGUGAAGGACCUGGAGAUGGCAUCUAUGAGGCAGGGACGGGCCUUCCUGGCUCGCAUCAUCCACAACAUCCCCAAGACCCUCUCUUCCAUGGAGCAGAUGGUGAAGGACCUGGAGAUGGCAUCUAUGAGGCAGGGACGGGCCUUCCUGGCUCGCAUCAACCACAACAUCCCCAAGACCCUCUCUUCCAUGGAGCAGAUGGUGAAGGACCUGGAGAUGGCAUCUAUGAGGCAGGGACGGGCCUUCCUGGCUCGCAUCAACCACAACAUCCCCAAGACCCUCUCUUCCAUGGAGCAGAUGGUGAAGGCCCUGGAGGACCAGAGAGGGGCUAUCCCUCUGGCUGCACCCCGCUUUGAGAGCCUCAUCCUGGGCAUAGUCUACUCUGCCCAGCAGGCCAAGCUCCAGGAGAGAGAGGAGGACCAGGAGAAAUGGGGAGAGGUGCUGAAACGUUUAGCUAAUGUUACAGUCAACAAACUGCGUAGACCGGAAGCCAUCACAACAUUUACUUAG